AUGCCGAAGCGCCCUGCUGCUGCCGACGCCGCUGCGGUUGCUUUGGCUUGGCCUCGCCGCCGCCGGGUUAUGGACGAAGUUCCGCAUGCUGCGGAAGAAGCCGGGCCUGCAGAGCUUCAUCGACCUUUGCCAGCUGAGCGCGCAGCUGCGUCUUUGCGACCUGCGGGCGCGCCGCCGCGUGCACCUCCGGCCAGCCCUGCACCACGGCCUCUACGCCGACCUGCCUCGUUGGGCACAGCUACUACCCAUCUUUGCCACGGUCGUCCCGACGAGCCCUGUUGCUUUUCGACACGGGUCUCCGGACAGCGUGCGCGUUAUCAGGAUGCCUCGCUGCAGUGUCCCUGGUGCAACUCCGAGCUGCUUCGGACCAGCUUGGAUACGGAGCGUGGCCGCGGCCAAAUGAGUCGCGCGCUGCGAUUCUUCUGGCAACAUGAAAAAGCUGUAUAUCACAAAGCAGUGGAACGCUUGCCCGAAAGCGUGCGUUUGUACUGGCCGUUGCAAGCUCUUGGACUUUCGCCGGCCUUCCACUCGGCCGCGGCCCUCGGCGAGGCGUUGGCGACCCCGCAAGGCCGAGGACGAAUUUUAAUGGUGCUUCGUAAGCGUCAAGCCACUGACGGGGACCUCGUGGCCGAGGCAUUGAAAGCCGUUCCGGCAGAGCACCUGGACGAUUUGGCAACGAAGUUGGCGCAAGAGCCACGCCGGGUGCGCCGGGCGCGUGAGCGGGCCGCGGCCGAAACUGUAGACCAGCAGUGGGAGCGUUUGCUGGCACAGCGGCGCCGGCUCCGAAGUUCGGCCGCGCCCGACGAAGACCGGGCCAUUUACGCCAGACGCGUGGCUGAGGACCGAGGCCGGGCGCGCCGCAAGUUCUUUCCUGAGCGACCCAGGCAAGUGCGACACACCGGGCGCAGCUGGACAAAUCCUUUCACUGACGCGUUGGCGGCUCGCGUCCGGGACCUCGCCUCUAAUGACACGGGCCUGCCUCGGACCCACGUGACGCCAAUGGCGGCCAUGUUGGAGGACUGGUGCAAGCAGGGCGCCUGGGGUGUCUGCGAGCGCUGCUACAGCCUAGAGCCACGACAUUUGAAGGAAGUGGACACGCGGCGCGUCGCAGCCCCGGCCGUGCCGCAUUGCCGCUGGUGUCGACGCGACGGCGUUGAGUCUGUGCCGACCGUUCACUCUGUGCCACGCCAGCUUCGCGGAUUGACAGCGGAGGCGGUCGAGGCCCUGCGCCCGCUUGAAAUCGACUGCGGCCCGUACCAGCGUCCGUUGCACGGUUAUCGAGUGCACACUGCCCUCAUCCGUCUACUAUGGGCUACGACCGCUGUGGAAGACAGGGUGUCGGCCUUGCAGCCUCGAUCUGUGCGCAAGCAGGCGCAGAAGGCUUUUGCGUUUUUGAUGCAGUCGCGCCAUUCGGAAUACGCUACCUUCGUCAAGCAGCACCGUCGCUUCCUCCGCGCCCACCCGGACGCCUGCCAGAGCGAUCGGCGACGGCCCUUGCAAAUGAUCGAGGCUCCUGGCAUCGAGACUGCACUCUGGCCCGAUCUAUAUUGGCAUUCGGACUUGUGCGAGACGGUCCAGCGGGCCACGGACGCGCGUCGCCUGAAGCGGCAGCAGUUGCAAGAUACGGACAGUGAUGAGGACGGAGCCGACGAGGCCGAAGGUUUUGGCCGCAGCAGCAUUCGACGUAGCUUCUUAAAGAAAAUACUCGGUCCAAUCCUGGACUAUGCCGGAGAGUACGAACUCCUUCAAUUCAUUUUCGAUCUGUCGCACUGGAGCGACUUGGGCUCGAAGCGACAUAUACAGCCACAACUUCCCAUGCGGAUCCUGCUCAAGGGGGCACCGUUCACGCCGGCUUAUUGGGCCGUUCGUCAUGCAGCGAUACUUGACCUGCAGCGACAAUGUGGAUACCCGGUCUUAUUCAAGACGUGGGCACCGUACGAAUGGAGCGCGCCGUAUCAUCGUGCCCUGCUCCAUCAGAUGAACGCCCUGCUGCGUUCCCGCCUGCACCUGGAAGGGCCGGAGACGCUGCACUUGGCCCACAUCCUCGUGGAGCUCCUCCGCGAGUGGGUCGCUGGGGGCAGCCGGAAGCAUGGCGAGAGCAGCACUCUCUGGCGCACGCACUGCCUGAGCGCUGCCGGCGGCAACCGCAUCAACUUUGCGGCGCGGCUGGAAUAUCAGGACGGGAAACGAAAGGCGGCAAGUCAGGAUUAUCAUGGCCGCGGUGCGAUCCAUCUCCACGCAGUUCUGUUUGCCGAAAGCCUGCAGAAUUUGCAACUGCACCGGAAGCUACUGGCGACGGAACUGCCGGAAGGCCACGCGCUACGGGGUUACGUCCUAGACCAGCUCAGCUACUCCGGCAGCGGCUGGCCCGUGCACGCAGGUGCCUCCUGCUGGGACGAUCUGAACGAGGCUGUGUGCUUGCACCACACUGAGCGCGAUGCGGAGCAAGGGGUGCGUGCGUACGGUCUGGAGGAAGUGGACAUCUUGAAGAGCCAUGUGGACAACUUGGUGCCGCAGGCCGGGGGGGCCGCCGGUCGUGGCCUCCUCCUCCGCUAUGUCGCGACCUAUAACGCGAAGUUCAGCGGCAGCUUCCACAACGAGCUCCUGGACGACUCCGGCGUUUCCGGAUAUGGAAUCGCGCUGCGGGUUCUCAGUUCCCUGCAUCCGUCCGAGCCGGAAAUGUGGGCGACCUUGUGCAAGCAGCUCUUCCCCGAUUUCGCGUUGGGAGGCACCAUGUUGCCCAUCGUCGCGCCCUGGCCUACAAUGGCGGAACAGCCAGCAUUCGUUCGGCGUUACGAGCAGUGUGCUUGGCGCAGCGACAACAUGACCCUGCUAGACUUCCUGCGCAAAUCCAACGCCAGCGGUGACGUGGUGGCCUGGCUACAGAAGGCCCACGCGGCCGCUGACACGGCCUUGGACCUGGGCGAGUUUGCGAGUGUGUACCCUACCUUCGGAGAAAAGAUCAUAGCGGCAGAAACGGUUGGAAUCUUCAAUGACAAGUAUUUCGGACAGUGGCUCAUGCUGAAUGUCCCGUUUCGUGCUGCCGCUGAUUUUCUCGAUCCUGAAAUCCUGGCGAAAGUGCCCGCUCGCUACCAGCUCUUCGCUUGUGCGCACCGUGCAGCCCCUGAGUACUGGGCAGAUCGAGGUCGCAUCGUGGAAGAUCUGCAGCUGGCCGCGCAUCGCGACACCGCCAUUGCCAAUUUUCUCGCGCUGCUGGCUGCGCAGCAGGCGAUCGUCCAGCAGUAUUUGCGUGGAGAGAUCACGCUGGAGGACGAAGUGCCCGAGCCGGUGCUGCCUUCCGCAGCGCGUCCCGGCACGUCCAGGCCACCGACCUUCAACCGACAGCAGCAGGAAUUGGAGCGACAGGCGCUCGAGCGCUUCGCACUCUUACAAGCUUUGAAGGAUGCCCAGUCGGAGGAAGAGAUCGAGGAAGUGUCGCAGCAGCUGGAAACGCACAACAGCAUUUUGGUGUGCAUGGGCGGACCGGGCACGGGCAAAACGUUUCUGGCCGAUCACCUCGUGCGCGUUGCGGUCGAGCGAGGAUAUCGGGUGCUUUACGCCCUGCCCACGGGCCAGCUCGCAUGCCGCAUGCGCCAGCGCCACCCGGACAUUCAUGUGGACACCUGUGCCGGCGCCUUCCUUUUCUACCGCCCACUAUCGGAAACGAUCGCCCUCAUGACCGAAUACGACAUGGUCGUCAUUGACGAGGCUUUGCAGCUCGGCGCCGAAGAGUUCGCCCGACUGCACGCGCUGUUCCUCGCGGCCGGCCGCCGGCUGCUGCUGCUGCUCCUGGGCGACGAUUGGCAGCUUCCAAGCAUUGCGCCCGAACGCGCCAGCGACCACCCACAGUGGCGCUUCACUCGCACCGUCACGCUGACGGAGGUCCGUCGAUGCAAAUGCCCCCGUCUGCAGGCCAAGCUCGACUUCUUGCGCUACCACAAGCCCGUGGGCCAGGAGGGCAAGCGCUUCGUAAACCGCUUGUGCUACAAGCAUAAGGCAUGGACCGGCCACGACGAACCAACUAGCCUCGACAUCGCGGACGUGCUGCGGCGUACCGAGAACAACACGACCUUCGUCACUUGCACCAAAGCCGGUGCCGCGAUAAUCAACGCCCUGGCGGUUCAGGUUCUGUUCACCAACCGGAAGCAAAGGCUCCUCGGACAGAUUCCGGGGACCUACGAAGACAACGAAGACAACUACGAUGCGCACGGUCGCCUCCGCUCCGAUCGUCCGCCGCAACCUAGCGCGGUCCCACUGUAUGUGGGCAUGCGCUUAGUGCUGACCAGGAACCAAGACAAAGAGAACCACUACGUGAACGGGAUGGUGGCCACGGUCGAGGCAUACUGUUCUGCGACUGGCUGUCUUCGUGUGCGGACACAGACGGGGCGGCGUCUGGCGGUGUAUCGCUACACCGACCCGGAUGUGCCUUCCGGACGUGUGGUUUACUACCCGGUGCGUGUUGGAUACGCAGGGACCAUCUACAAGUAUCAGGGAGCUGAAUUGCAACACAUCACUGUGUGGCUGAAUCGCACUUGGUGCAGGGCGGCUGCGUACGUUGCUCUCUCCCGCGUGGCACGCGACGAGGAUUACCUCGUCGGAGGCGUCGUAACCGGCGAUCACCUGGUGCCCGCCAAAUAA